GAAGAUAUAGUCCAUGUUGGCUUAAUGGAAGAGAUUGGAGCAUCAUGUGUAUCGUUAUAUAUCAGGAUUUUAUACUUCCAAUUAGUGAAAAGAGAGAUCAGUCACUUUUUUCGUUUUGUUGAGCCAAUUUGGUUAUCAAAUGUUGGAUCCACUGAAGAAGAACGAGUUGAAUGGGUAUCAAAGCGUAUGAUUGAUUCAAAUCCGGGUCAGAUGUGGUUGUUGCCAUAUCAUAAGGGAAAGCAUUGGAUGCUUAUAAUAAUUGAUUUUGAUCACCAAUUGUGCUAUUUCCUGGAUUCUCUUCACAAUUUUCCACCAGAUGAAAUCAAAUCUCUCAUUUCUCGUGUCUUUCAACAUUUACGCACAAAUAAUGCAAAAACUGAGGAAGUCGCGUGGAGAACAGUUAAGUGUCCUCGUCAACCAUUACAAUCAGUACAAUGUGGGUUCUAUGUUAUGAGGAUGAUGAAGGACUUCGUGACAAAUGAGUUUUCAAUGCGAUGGCUAACUAGUAAUUGUGGCGGGAAGAACUAUUACACAAAGGAUGAGAUCAAUGAAGUACGUGAAGAAUGGGCACAAUGCGUCAUGGAUUUGAUGAGUACUACAUAGGUCCACUCACUUUUGUUAACUUAGACUUUUAAUGAGAUAUACUUACAAUGUUAACUUAGACUUUCUUGAAGAUAUACACACUUUUGUUGCCUAACUAUAGUUUACAAUGCUUAUGUGAGUCAUUUUGUAAUUAACUUAAGACUCGUUAUUUUAGAUACUUAGUUCAAAUUCUAGUAUUUUAUAUUAUUGUGAUA